AUGCCCAAGUCCGAGGGCAAGCCCCUGCUCGGCGACGAGGAGCAGGCCCUGAGCCGCGAGGAGCAGCAGGAGGCGGACAUCCGGUACGCCAUGGCGACGCCGCCCGAGGGCCUGACCGAGGCCGAGGCGGCGGCGCGGCUCGAGCGCUUCGGGCUCAACCUGCUCGAGGAGGUGAAGCGCAACGAGCUCCUCGUCUUCCUGAGCUUCUUCUGGGGCCCCAUGCCCGUCAUGAUCUGGCUCGCGACCAUCGUCGUCGCCUUCGAGGAGGACUGGGACGACUUCGCGGUGCUGCUGACGCUCCAGAUGGUCAACGGCGUCGUCGGCUACUUCGAGGAGAAGUCCGCGGGCGACGCCAUCGAGGCGCUGAAGCAGUCCCUGGCGCCCAAGGCGUCGGUGAAGCGGGGCAACGUCUUCCGGAGUCUGGAGGCGAAGCUCCUCGUGCCCGGCGACGUCGUCAACCUCAAGCUCGGCGACAUCGUGCCCGCGGACUGCAAGUUGAGGGAGGGCAAGGCCCUCGAGGUGGACCAGGCGGCGCUGACGGGCGAGUCGCUGCCCGUGACGCGCGGCGCCGGCGACACGGUCUUCAUGGGGUCCGUGAUCCGCCGCGGCGAGCUCGAGGCCGUCGUCUGCUUCACGGGCGGCCGCACGUUCUUCGGCCGCGCCGCGGAGAUGGUGAACCGGGCCGCGGGCGAGCAGCAGGGGCGCUUCGCCAAGGUCAUGUUCCAGAACACGAUGCUCCUCUUCAUCCUCUCCGUGUCGCUCUGCACGGUCAUCUUCGUCGAGGUCUACGACUCGGGCCUCGACUUCCUCGAGUCGCUGUCGACGGUCGUCGUGAUCCUCGUCGCCUGCAUCCCCAUCGCCAUGCAGAUCGUGUCGACGACGGUCAUGGCCGUCGGCGGCCGGUCCCUCGCGGAGAAGAAGGCGAUUUUGGCGCGGCUCUCGGCGAUCGAGGAGCUCGCGGGCAUGGACAUUUUGUGCAGCGACAAGACGGGCACGCUGACCCAGAACAAGCUCCAGCUCUUCGACCCCGUGCUCAUCGACCCGGACGUCGACGCCAACGAGCUCGUCUUCCUCGGCGCGCUCGCGGCGAAGCGCAUGGCGUCCGGCGCGGACGCGAUCGACACGGUCAUCGUCGCGUCCGUCGCCGAGAAGGACCGCCCGCGCCUCGAGGAAUAUAGCGAGCUCGAGUUCACGCCCUUCGACCCCGUGCUCAAGCGCACGGAGGCGCGCGUCGCCGGCGCCGACGGCCGCGAGAUGCGCGUCACGAAGGGCGCGACGAAGGUCGUGCUCGACCUCUGCUCCGACAAGCACGCCGUCGGCGACGCCGUCAUGAAGGCCAACGACGGCCUCGCGAGCCGCGGCUUCCGGUCCCUGGGCGUCGCCGUCGCGCGCGGCGGCGCGACGGCGGAGUGGCGCUUCGCGGGCGUGCUCAGCCUCUUCGACCCGCCGCGCGUGGACACGAAGGAGACGCUCGAGCGCGCGCGGGGCAUGGGCAUCACGGUGAAGAUGGUCACGGGCGACCAGACGGCCAUCGCCGUGGAGACGUCCCGGGCCAUCUCGCUCUCGGCGAAGGCGACGCCUUUAAUCCUCGACAUGAAGGAGUUCUCCGCGGCCGACGCCAACGGUUCCCAGGCCAUAUCCGGGUCCUACUUUUCCGACUGCGCGCUCGACGACUUGGACGACGGCGGCGGCUGCCACGACUACGAGGAGGACGGCUGCGCCUACCCCUACUACUACGACAGCGCCAAGUACAGCUUCUGCAUCCCCGUGCUCGGCAUCGUCAUCAUCACCAUCCUCAACGACGGCUGCAUGCUCACGAUCGCGCGCGACCACGUGCUCCCGGCGGCGACGCCGCAGAACUGGGACCUGAACCAGCUGCGCAUCAUCGCCUGCGUCCUGGGCUGCGUGCCGUUGGCGUCGUCGCUCAUCCUGCUCUACAUGGGCCUGUCGUCCGCCGACGGCCUCUACCCGCCCUACGCGUUCCUCUUCGGCCGCAAGGUCCCCGCGGCGUACCAGAACGCCGAGGACGACCGCUACUACCUGCCCUACCCGGAGCUCACGAUGAUGAUGUACCUGAAGAUUUCGAUUUCGGACUUCCUGACGCUCUUCGCGAGCCGCACGCGCGGGCCCUUCUGGUCGCGCGCGCCGUCCUUACCGCUCGCCGCCGCGUUCCUCGUGGCGACGAUCACGGCGACGCUCAUCGCGGCCUACGCGAACCUGCCGGACAACACGUACCCCAUGGACGCCAUCUCCUCGGCGGCCUGCGCCUUCGUCUGGUUCUGGAACAUUGGCUUCUUCGUCGUCCAGGACACGGCGAAGAUCGUCCUCUACAAGAUCUUCGACCACUACAACUACGCGGCGGAAGACGGCGCCGCGGCGCCGGCCAAGGCGCCGCCCGCCGCCGCCACGGGGCGGGGCUGCGUGUGGGCGUUGGAGUGGCAGAGGACAUUGUGGGCGACCAUGGUGCUCGAGGCUGUUGCGCGCAGCUGGUAA